AUGGUAAGUUGGUUUACAAUUCUCCUGGUGAUUGGCAUCACAGCUUUCACUGUAUACCUUCUAAAGAUCUAUCCAUCAAAGAAAACUCAAUACUACGUCUACUUUUUUGUGUUCAUCGGCUGGUAUUUAGCAUUUGUGAUCGUAACAGUGCUUCCAUACGACGUUUAUUUAAGUUUAGGAGGAGAAGGAAACAAAGAUGACCUACACGUUUGCUGGAACAUAAUUUAUUGGAUAAUUUUCGCAUUAUGCUGGGCUCUCCUGCCAAUGAUGCAAAAUUACCACAUGGCUGGCGAAUUUACAUUUCUAACCAAGAUGAAAAGAGCUUUUAUUACAAGACUUAGGAUGAUUGGAAUAACUCUUGUUAUGGGAGUCAUUUUUAUUUUAUAUUUAGUCAUUUCAGGAAACUUUGCAUCACAUAGGCUUCCAGCAAUUCUUGUGGCAUUGAGCAAUAUCUGGUCAUUGUUUAUAAUCAUGGUCCUGCUUGGGUAUGGGCUGGUUUAUAUUCCGAAAACAUUUUGGCAGAAUGGAAGUCUUGAUACUUCUAUGAAGCUUGCACAGUUAAAAGCUGUUGAGCUUGAUCAGUCGAAGAUAGAAGCAAAAUAUAACUUAGAUCAAACUGUAGGAAUAGUAAUGAAACUUUCUAGAGAUGUGACUGAGGUGGAUCCUCUUCAUAAAUAUGUUGAUAAAUUGCUUGAAAAAUGCCCACAGCAAUCUAUUGAGCACCAAAAGAGCACGAGAUCAUUAAGGAGUAUGGAGGCUCAUGAUGAGAAAAAAGAAAUCACAUAUAAGUAUUUAGUAGGAGUUAAUAGAGAUUUGAAGAAAAAUAUUGCUGAAUUCGGAAGAAGUGAAAGGUAAUUAAAUAUCUAGAGUCGUUGGGAACAACAUCUGGAAGCUGCUUUUCGACUUGAGGACAUCAUAGCUAACAAAAAAAAUUCAAAUAAAUGGAUCAGAAGUAACUUUUGGCCGGCGAAAAAUGGGAAAUAUGCAAGGUUUAGAGAAGUCUUUGAAUGGAUCUGGUAUACCCGUCUUUCUCCAAUUUUGUGCAGACUACUAGGUCUUUUAUUAUCAGUAGUCAGCAUAUUUGUGGUAUUAGGCGAAAUUACACUAUUUGUCGACACACCAAUUGGCGUCUUUCCAUUAUUUUUUAAAGAUAACCAUGGAAGUGUAGGCACACUGAUUCUCUGCUUUAUGCCACUUCUCUACAUCAUAGCUAGCAUCUAUGUUUCUCUCUUCAAGUUAAGGCUUAAAGGCAGAUACGGGCUUUAUAGCCACAAUCAAACAGACCCUCCAAAUCUUAUAUGGAGUGCUUUUAUUAUGGCCCGUCUAACGCCCUCAGUAUGUUAUAACUUUUUGCUAUUUAUUAAAGUCAAACAUACACAAUUCAAUAAAGUUAUGGGCGUUAUUGACUUAGUCCCAAUUUUUGGUCAAGGAUUUACACUGUUUUUCCCUAUGAUUUUAAUAGUGUUUUGCUUAUUAAACAUUACCAAUUUUUAUGCAAGAUUAAUGGAGAAAAUGGGGAUGGACCAGUAUUCCUUUGCAGAUAAGAUUGAUGAUGCAAAAUUACUUGAAGGUAAGUCACUACUGCAUAAAGCAAGGUCUGAUAGAGAACGUGGAAGUAAAGGCACAAUAACACCGUCUGGAAGCUUUGUAGAGUCUGGAGGAUAUAAUGCACAAAUAAGGUCUAAAUACGAGCAUAUCAGAAAAAGCUUGGCGGAAGAAAGAAAAAAUAGCAUAACUGCGCCAUUGAAGCAAAAGGACAUUUACGAUUUCUAA